CCCCUUCUCUCCGUUGCCUUUGAGGGCCAGUCGCCCAUUUUGGAGGACGUCCCCAAUCGAUCAUACGCCGUCAAUGGCGAUGGCGUCGCACACUACACCCGGUAUAACCGCGGUACGCUUCACAUGGGCCUUGGAGAGAAAGCAGCCCCAAUGGACCUCUCAGGUCGGCGCUUCCAGUUAUCCGCGACCGACAGCUUCGGCUACGACGUCCACCGAACUGACCCUCUCUACAAAAACAUUCCACUGUUGAUCAAUGCCACGCCGCAAGGAUGCGUUGCCAUGUUCUCUACGAGCCAUACCAGAGGCGAGUACUCUAUCGGCUCUGAAAUGGAUGGCAUGUGGGGCUUCUACAAGGUCUAUCGACAAGACUACGGCGGUCUGGAGGAGUAUAUCAUCACGGGAAAAACCCUCAAGGACAUCGUUCGGACCUACGCCGACUUGGCGGGAUACCCACUUCUCGUUCCUCGCUGGGCGUUUGGCUACCUCUCGGGUGGCAUGAAGUAUUCCAUGUUGGAUAGCCCACCUGCGGGUGAAGCUCUACUAGAAAUGGCCCACAAGAUGAAAGAGCAUGGCAUCCCUUGCUCAGCUUAUCAGAUGUCUUCUGGGUAUACCGUCGCCGAGCAGCCUCCCAAGAACCGACACGUCUUCACCUGGAACCGACAUCGCUUUCCCGAUCCCGAGGGAUGGAUCAAAGAGUAUCAUAAGCUGGGCAUGAGACUCAUCGCCAACGUCAAGCCAUAUCUCACUUCCAGCCAUCCUGAAUACGAAAAGCUCAAAGCAGCUGGAGGUCUGUUUCUAGACCCCCGCACGAAGCAACCAGCUGUGACGAAGCUUUGGAGUGCCGGUGGCGGCGAAAGAGAUGAUGGCGGUCACAUCGACUUUACUUCAACUGCCGGCUUCAAUUGGUGGUUCGAUGGUAUCAAGAAGCUCGCAGAAGAAGGCAUCGACUGCAUGUGGAAUGACAACAACGAGUACACAAUCCCAGACGAUGAUUGGGAAUGUGCACUAGAUCUUGGCCUGCCCUCUCUUACGGUCCCUCCAGGUCUUGAGAAGCGCCCUCAGGUCGGUCUUUGGGGCCGCAGCCUCCACACCGAGCUUCAUGGCAAAGCAUCCCAUGAUGCGCUUCUCGCCGUCAACCCGGACGUGCGGCCAUUUGUGCUUACGCGGAGUGCUACAACGGGCACGCUUCGAUAUGCCUGCAGCUCGUGGAGCGGCGAUAACACAACGAGCUGGGAUAGCAUGCGAGGGUCAACUGCACUAUCGCUGACAGCGGGCGUUUGCCUCAUGCAAUGCUAUGGGCACGAUAUUGGUGGCUUCGAAGGUCCCCAGCCCUCCCCAGAGUUGCUGCUUCGUUGGAUCCAACUGGGCAUCUACUCGCCCCGUUUUGCCAUCAACUGUUUCAAAACAGGAGAAGACAAUUCGGUCGGCGAUGUCAUUGAGCCAUGGAUGUACCCAUCUAUUACCCACCUAGUGCGCAAGACUAUCAAGCGCCGCUAUGCUCUUAUCCCAUACAUCUACUCUCUCUCGCUUGAGAGCCAUCAAAUUGCCACACCACCGCAACGCUGGGUAGGCUGGGGCUACGAAUCGGAUCCAGAGGUCUGGAAACUCCUUGACGGAGAGACCCAGUACUGGUUGGGCGAUUCCAUGCUUGUCGGAGGCGUGUUCGAGCCAGGAGCAAGCAAGGCCAAGAUCUACUUGCCCAAAGCUUCAGAUGACGACGAGGGUUACCUGAACCUCAACGCACCAUAUCAAUACCUCGAGGCAGGCCAGUGGGUUGAGCUGGAUGCCGAGUGGCAUGGUGCGGGAAUUCCAGUGCUGGGCAAAGUCGGCGGUGCGAUUCCCAUCGGGCGAGACGUUCAGGUUCUGUCACCAGGAGAGAAGGAAAACGUGGCCGACUUGCCACUGGAUGACUAUAGAGCGAUCGAGAUCUUCCCGCCCAAGACUGCCUCGCGCAAUGGCCAAUGGCACGAGACGACGUGGUAUGAGGACGAUGGCAUGUCGGUGGCAACCAAGAACAAGAUUUCAUCCUACACCAUUAGCUACACCGCGACAGAGUCUGAGAUUCGGGUCAAGUUUGCAAGAGAUGAGUCUUCGGGCUUUGAGGCGCCGUGGAAGACGCCGGUGAUUGUGCUGCCAUCGGGCGAUCAAAGGAGCGUUGUAAGCGCGGAUGGAAAGACAACGUCGUCUUUGGGUGUCGAUGAACAGGGGAGAAUGCAAUUCGAAUUUAAGUAGAGGGAUCAUAGAUUGAAGUGCAGCAUAGAUAAAACAAAUUGAC